AAUCAAUAAAUUGUUACUAUACCCAGGACCUUGCAUUCACUAUAUCUGGCCUCCCACAGUACAUUAAAGUGAUGCUAAACCCAGGACCCUGCAUUCACUAUAUCUGGUCUCCCACAGUACACACAACAUGGAAAUGCAAUUAUUUUAGUAAAUAUAACCUGCUAAAUACCUUUUCUUAUCAGUACUUAGAGCAGUCUUGUGACUUCAGCAGAGCACUGGUUAAAGCUUGUAGGAGGAGUUUCCUUUCUGCUCUA